GCGAAGGCGUUGGGAAGGCGGGCGGCAGCUCCCGGCGGGGGUUCGGAGGCGGAAGCGGGAGAAAAGCGAGGGCCUGAGAUCACAGUCAAAAUUAGUUCUCUUUUGUCAUCUAGGCAGCAAUGGACCAAAAAAUCCUGGUCUUAGCAGCAGAAGAAAAAACAGAGCACCUUCAGGCAUGCCUGCAGAACCUGAAUGAAAAAGAGUUGGGUGACCUGGUUACAAAGCAGGCCUUGAGAGGCAAAGAAAUCGGCACCCUGCUGAGAGGGAUCUUCAAAGGUUCUCCGUGCUCUCAACAGAGUUGUGUUGUCAGAAGAGUCAGUAUUUACAAGCACAGCGUCCAGCUGGUGGAGUCGGGGGACCUUCAUGUGGAAGUUGCAUCUGAGAUUAUAAGGCUGCUGAUGCUAGAGGUCCACCAGCUGCCAGGUCCUGCAUUGGUUGAGUUGGCCACUUUGUUUAUUGAAGCUGUCCGAGGAUGCAGCCUGCUUAGUGGCAAAUCUUUAGAGUUGUUCCCAACAAUAUUGACUGCUCUGGCUACAUCGAAAGAGAGCCUGACUUAUGGCAAAGGUGAGCUGAGAGGGGAAGAGCUUAAGAAACAGCUGAUCAAUACCCUGUGCUCCAGCAGGUGGAGUCAUCAGUAUGUGAUCCAUCUCACCUCCAUGUUCAGGGACAUCCCACUGAGUGUGGAAGAGCUGCAGUUUGUGGUGGAAAAGGUCCUAAGGAUGUUCCCUAAGCUAGAUCUCCAGGAAAUCCCUCCUCUGGUCUACCAGCUGCUGCUCCUUUCUGCAAAGGGUAGCAAGAAAAACAUUUUGGAAGGAAUCAUCAGCUUUUUCAACCAGGUGGAUCAGAAGCAGAAAGAAGAGCAGAAAGAUUCAGAGUCCCUGGACCUUGAAGAAGCUACAGUGCCCUUAGAUCAACUCCGCCAUGUGGAAGGCACAGUCAUUCUGCAUAUUGGGCUGGCCGUUAAUCUGGACCCAGAUUUGGGCAAGGAGCUGCUAAAAUACUUAAAGUCUGAGCAGCAAGGAGAUCCUGGCAAAGCCCUCUGUCCCUUCAGCGUGACCCUUCUGCUGUCAGUGGCCAGAAUACACCGAUUUCAAGAGCAGGUCUUUGACUUCUUGAAAACGUCAAUUAUGAAGUGCUUCAAGGACCUGCAGUUCAUCCAGGGCUCCAAGUUCCUGCAGGAUUUGGCUCCUCUGCGCAACAGCAUAUCAGCCACAGUUUUAGAAGUCGUGGCAAACAGUGUGUUUGGUUGGGACCAUGUUACUCAAGGCCUGGUGGAUCUUGGCUUCAUCCUGUUGGACUCCUAUGGGCCAAAGAAAAUUUUAGGAGGCAAAUCCACGGAAAUGGUCAAUGGCCUUUCCAAGACCCCAGCCCAGCAGGCAUGCAACCUGGGAGCCAAUAUCCUGUUGGAAGCCUUCAAGGUCCAUGAACCAAUCAGGAAUGAGAUCCUGGAGCAGCUGCUCAACAGAGUCAUCACAAAUGCUGGUUCCCCCAUCAGCCACUUCAUAGAUUUGCUGUCUGGCAUUAUAUCGUACGCUCCCCUCGUCCUUCAGAAUUCUUCCUCUAAAGUCACAGAAGCCUUCGAUCAGCUGUCUUUCCUCCCUCUUGCAACAGUGCAGGGCCUUCUGAAGGCUGUGCAGCCCCUGCUCAAAAUAAGCAUGUCCAUGAGGGACUCCCUGAUCCUUGUUCUUCGCAAAUCAAUGUUUUCGGGGCAGUUGGAUGCUCGUAAGUCGGCAGUCGCUGGGUUUUUGCUACUGUUGAAGAAUUUCAAGAUCCUGGGCAGCCUGACUUCCUCCAGCUGCAGCCAAGCCAUCGGGGCAAGUCAGGUGCAGGUGGAUGUUCACGCCCGGUAUAACUCAGCGGCUAAUGAGGCCUUCUGCCUCGAAAUCCUAGGCAGCCUGAGGCGAUGCUUAAGUCAGCAGGCGGAUGUCAGGCUCAUGCUGUACGAGGGUUUUUACGAUGUCCUGCGUAGGAAUUCCCAGCUGAGCAGUUCUGUCCUGGAGACACUGCUCUCUCAGAUAAAACAGUAUUAUGAACCUGAACCGGACCUGUUGCCCCCAUUAAAACUAGAGGGCUGCAUCUUGGCUCAGCGAGACCAAAUCUUCCUGCAAGAACCUCUGGCUCACCUCCUCUGCUGCAUCCACCACUGCCUGACCUGGUAUAAGAACACUUUAGCCCUGCGCCGUCGGGUUGAAGAGGAGGACGAGGAGGAGGAGGAGGAAGAGGCCGGGUUCCAGCAAGAGCUGGGCGAGAUGUUGGCGUCUAUCACACGUCGAAUGAUCAAGAGUGAACUGGAAGAUUUUGAACUGGAUAAGUCAGCAGAUUUUUCUCAGUCUACUGGAGUGGGUGUGAAGAACAAUAUCUAUGCUAUUUUGGUGAUGGGGGUCUGUGAAGUCUUGAUCGAGUACAAUUUUAGCACAGGGAACUUCAGCAAGAGCACGUCUGAAGAUGUUCUGGGGCUGUUCAAGUGCUACUCCAGUCUUUGUGACAUCCUGAAAGAGAAAGGCGGAAAGAGCAAGUCCCCGUCAGCAAAUAAAAUAGCCCGAAGCUUCCUUUCCAUGGGCUUUGUCUCCACCUUGCUGACAAGUCUCUUCAGGGACUGUUCCCAGAACCAUGAGGAGAGCUUGGCUGUCCUGCGUGCCAGCAACGAGUUCAUGCGCUUUGCUGUCAGCGUGGCAUUGCAGAAGGUGCAGCAGCUGGAGGAGACGGGGCAGACGGACGGGCCCGAUGGGCAGAACCAAGAGAAAACGUUCCAGAACCUUUGCAAAAUCACUCGAGUCCUACUCUGGAGAUAUACCUCAAUCCCAACUGCUGCUGAGGAAUCAGGGAAGAAGGAGAAAGGCAAGAACAUCUCGUUGCUGUGCUUAGAGGGAUUGCUGCGGAUCUUCAACACGGUGCAACAUCGGUACCAGCCCAAACUCCCCCAAUUUCUGCAGGCCUUGGAUCAAACCAACGAAGAUGGAGAAGAAGAGGCAGUGGAUGUUAAUGUUACCGAAAAGGCAGCGUUCCUGAUCCGACAGUUUCAGAGGUCACUUGUGAAUCAGAUCAGCCACGCUGAGGACGACUUCAAUAGCAAGGAAGCUCUUUUGCUGAUCUCUGUUCUUACCUCCCUUUCCAAGCUCCUGGAGCCCUCCUCCCCACAGUAUGUGCAGUUGUUAUCUUGGACAGUCAAGAUCUGCAAGGAAACCAGCCUGGAAGAUGCCCCUUGCUGCAGAGGGCUGCUCACCCUUCUCUUCCAUCUGCAUACUCUCAUCAAGAGCCCUGUUAGCAUAUUGCGUGAGCUUGCCCAGGAUAUCCAUGCUCAGCUUGGGGACAUAGACCAGGAUCUUGAAGUAGAGCACCAAUCCCACUUUGCAGUUGUGAACACCAAGACAGCAGCUCCUACAGCUUGUUUGCUCGUUCUGGGCCAAGCAGAGAAGGUCCUCGAAGAGGUGGAUUGGUUGAUCAAUAAGAUGAAAAGCCAUUUGGGGUCUGAGGCAGCAGAAGAUGCUUCUCAAGCAGCCAAUGCAGCCCAUCCCCUGGAAAAGGCAGUCAUUCUUCAGCUAGGAACUUUGCUGACCUCUUACCACGAGCUGGUACAAACGGCUUUGCCUGCAGGGAGCUGCGUGGAUGCCUUGCUCAGGAGCGUCAGCAAGAUGUACACAACUCUCACUUCCCUUAUCAAAUAUUAUCUGCAAGCGUGCCGCAGCGCGAGUGGAGGAAUUCCAGGGCGGCUGGAAAAGCUGGUUAGGCUUUCAGGUUCCCAUUUGACCCCCCCGUGUUACGCUUUCAUCACUUACGUACAGAGUGAAACCUCAAUUGUAGAAGAAAAGAAAAAGAAGAAAAAGGACAGGAUGACAGCAGAGGUGUCUGUAGUUAUGGCCAAAGUGCUGCGGGAGACGAAACCAAUUCCAAACUUGAUUUUCGCCAUAGAGCAGUAUGAGAAUUUCCUGAUCCAUCUCUCCAAAAAGUCAAAGGUCAACCUGAUGCAGUACAUGAAACUGAGCACCUCGAGAGACUUCCGCAUCAACGUGUCUACCUUAGAGAAUGCCCUGGAGGGACAGGAUGCUGAAAACGAGCCGGACAACAACCAGAGCAUUGCAUCAGCACAGUCCAGUGACAGCCAGGAGCCCAAAAAGAAGAGAAGACGAAAAAAAUAAGAAUGACAUAUUUAUGCCCAAGUGGGUUUUGUGAAC